CCCGCGCCGCCGCAGUCCCUGCCGUCCCCGCCGUGCCCGCCGUCGCACGAGGCUUCCCCUUAGUAACCUGGGCGGUAGCUGAGGCUAUUCCCAAGGAUUGUCUUUAGUCAUGGCCCUGGGAUUAAAAUGCUUCCGCUUGAUCCACCCUGCCUCUUGUAAUUAUCUUGGAGUCUUGAUUAGACCUGUUUCAAGAAUUGCACUGAAGACAGCGAGUGGAAGACAGCCUGACCAUAGCCAACACAUGGCUUGUCAAGCUGUACCAGUUCGCUGUUUUGCGACCAAGAAAGCCAAAGCCAAAGGGAAAGGACAGUCCCAAACCAGAGUGAACAUUAACACAGCUUUGGUUGAAGAUAUAAUCAGCUUGGAAGAGGUGAAUGAAGAAAUGAAGUCUGUGAUAGAAGUACUCAAGGAUAAUUUCAAUAAGACUCUCAACAUAAGGACUUCACCAGGAACCUUCGAUCGUAUUACUGUGGUAACCGCUGAUGGGAAGCUUGCUUUAAACCAGAUUAGCCAGAUCACCAUGAAGUCGCCACAGUUGAUUUUGGUGAAUAUGGCCAGCUUCCCAGAGUGUACAGCUGCAGCUAUCAAGGCUAUAAGAGAAAGUGGAAUGAAUCUGAACCCAGAAAUGGAAGGGACGCUGAUUCGGGUACCCAUUCCUAAAGUAACCAGGGAGCACAGGGAGACGCUGGUGAAAUUGGCCAAACAGAAUACCAACAAGGCCAAAGACUCUUUACGGAGGGUUCGUUCUGAUGCAAUGAAUAAGCUGAAGAAGUCAAAGGACAAGACUUCAGAGGAUACCAUUAGACUCAUAGAGAAACAGAUCAGCCAGAUGGCCGAUGACACCAUGGCAGAACUGGACAGGCAUCUGGCAGUGAAAACCAAAGAACUCCUUGGAUGAAAGUCCAGCAAGCCCAGCCACACUUCAGAGCCCAGGUUUUGGUGGAUCCCACAGGUGGCAAAUUGGCCCCAUCUCUCACCCACUCCAUUCGUGGGGAAGGCCGGCACAGUGCUGUGAGUUCACAGGAGGCCCAGCCUUCCAGUGGAACACUCAGACUUGUCAUUCUCUUCCUCCUUGCCCUGCCUCCCUCUUUCUGCUCUGAGCCUUCUAAUAAGGUGGCCCUCAGAGAGCAUCCGCUGCUGGCAGAAGAUCUUUACUCAGGCAUUUGCCUUAGUGAUGUCGCCAAGGGAUUGGGACCAUCGGCAACUUAGCUCCAUCUGCUCAUCACCUCGAGCAUCUCCCCUUCAGACGGUCAGGCUCUGUCCCUGAUUUUAAACUCUGCUCACAGUGACAUCAGCUUUCGCCUGUGACUGGACUGCUUUGCUAGAGGCUCAUUUCCACCAAGUGCUAAAAUCGGAAUAAAUUGGAAAGAAUAACAGCCACAAAGGUGGAAAAGACAGAGUUGGCCUGGAUGGAUGAUCUCUAAGAACCUGUAUAUAAAACAAGACUAGUGCUUUUGUCUCUGGGCCAUCUUCAUGCAUGCUGUGCUCUCUGCCUGAACCACUCUGCCAUCCUCACAGGCCAGUCCUUUUCGUCUCGAUGUCACAUCCUGUGGGAAGUGUUCUCCCCACCCCAACCCAGAGCUCAAUAUUGGCUCUCAUAGCUCAGUCUCCUGCUUUUAUUUGAACCCUGAUGAUUCUUUUUUGCUAAUUAUUCUGUAUUUUAGCAUAAUGCCUGGAACACAUAGGUAUUCCUGUAUUUGUGUUGUGAAUAAAUUACAUGCAGUAGCUACGCUACAAA